AUGGAGGCAUACUGCAAUGCAGUGUACCGCCUCGAAGAUAGGUUCGACAGCCUAGAACUUAACCAUGUCCCGCGCAAGCAUAACGAGGAUGCGGAUGAACUAGCAAAGAUUAUGUCGGGGCGAACCACCGUUCCCCCAAACAUCUUUGCUCGCGACAUCGCCAAACCCUCUGUCAACUUCAAGGAUUCAGAGGAACCGAGCCCCUCAACUGCCGAGCCCUCCAACGGGAACCCCUCGGAGGACGAGGCCGAGCCUAUGGAGACAGAAACCGAGAUCUCCUCGGCGGAUGAGGGUGAGGCCAUGCAGAUCGACGAGGCUCCACUAUCGCAAGACUGGCGCGACCAGUACCUCGACUGGAUCAACCGAGGGGUACUACCCUCGGAUCGCGCUGAGACGCGACGCAUCGCCAGGCGAGCCAAGUCUUUCACCGUGAUCGACAGAGAGCUCUACAAGCGCAGCCCCUCGGGGGUCCUGCGACGAUGCAUCCCUAUCCCCGAGGGCAGGGAGCUGCUUCGAGACAUCCACGCUAGAGUCUGUGGCCAUCAUGCGGCGCCACGCACCCUCGUGGGCAACGCGUUCCGACAGGGUUUCUACUGGCCAACCGCGGUCGCCGACGCCACAGAGAUCGUGCGAACAUGUGAAGGCAAAAAAUUCUUAAGGUUCUGCGACGACUUCCACAUACGCGUGGAUUGGUCGGCUGUGGCGCACCCACAGACAAACGGUCAAGUAGAACGUACCAACGGCAUGAUCCUACAAAGCCUCAAGCCAAGAAUCUUCAAUAAGCUGGACAUGUUCGGCCGAACAUGGCUCACGGAGCUACCCUCGGUUAUCUGGAGUCUGAGAACAACCCCGAGCUGA